GUUUCGCCGGCGGCACCGAGGCCUGGGAACCGCAGAGGGAAGCGUCUGCUGAUGGAGGACCCCGAGAAGAAGCUGAACCAGAAGAGCGACGGCAAACCCCGGAAAGUUCGGUUCAAAAUCUCUUCCUCCUACAGCGGCCGCGUGUUGAAGCAGGUCUUCGAGGAUGGGCAGGAAUUAGAAUCGCCAAAGGAGGAGUACCCGCACAGUUUCCUCCAAGAGGCCCUGGAACCCAUGGAUGCUGUUUACGGGUCCGGGGAAGCCCCCAAGGCCCGGCCGUACUCCCCCAAGCUGACUGCUCAAAGGAUCAGCGUGUUCAGAGAGGGCAAUGCCUAUACUUUGGCGGGCAGCCAGCCUUUCUUCAACGAUUACAAGGCAAAUGACCACAAGUCCCCACCUAUUAUAGAUUUUGGAAAGAUAAUCAUCUACACGAAUAACCUGAAAAUCAUUCGAACCCCAAUGGACAAGAGAGACUUCAUGAGGAAAAUUCUUCAGAAGGAAGGGGAGAUUGAGGAAGAGUCUCUGAUGACCAAAGAAGAAAUCUACGGAGACAGCAACCAGAACGACGGGCCUCUGGGAGAGACAGAAAGCACGUUCCCCCACAACCCCCAGGAGGGGGAGCUUCCAGACGACAACUGUUUUCACUGCCGAGGGUCGGGCAGUGCCACCUGCUCUCUGUGCCACGGCAGCAAGUUCUCGAUGCUGGCCAACAGAUUUAAGGAGUCCUAUCGGGCCCUGCGGUGCCCUGCCUGCAACGAGAAUGGCCUGCAGCCCUGCCAGAUUUGCAAUCAAUAG